UAAUCAAUCUCAACCAUGAGAGGCGUAAACGAGAAAGCGGCGGCCGGCAAGCUCACCUUUCCGCCACUCCCACUCCACACAACUCAGGCGUUGCGACGAACACCUCUGAACCGUGCGUUCGCCCUGGUGUACUCGUGUGCCGUUCUGGCUCUGUUCUACCGCCAUUUCCAUUCAUCCAUCUCCUUCUUCUCCAUUCUCUUGAUUGUGGCCGAUGCCGUCUUCGCCUUCAUGAGGGCCACCACCGAGUCUCUACGGCUGUGUCCGGUUCUCCACCGGGAAUUCCCAGAGAAGUUGAGAAGGGCUGUACUGGUGGAAGGAGCGGAGGAGGAAGAGAUGGAGAGGGAUUACGAUCCUCCGGGUGUGGAUGUGUUGAUAUGCACGGCGGACCCAUACAAGGAACCUCCCAUGGGAGUGGUGAACACCGCACUGUCGGUGUUGGGGUACGAAUACCCGGCGGAGAAGCUGGCGGUGUACGUAUCGGACGAUGGGGGAUCGGAGCUUACGCUGUUUGCUUUCAUGAAGGCCGCCAAGUUCGCCCGCCAGUGGCUGCCUUUCUGCAGGGACUACGGAUUACUUGACAGGUCCCCCGAUGUCUACUUUGGAAGUGGAUCAACCCAUACAUUUCCCGAGGAAGCCCAUAACAUCAAGAUGAUGUAUGAAGAGAUAAAAGUAAAGGUCGAGAGAGUUAUGGAGAAAGGGUUUGUUCCUCCGGAGGAAUACGUCAUGAACGAACAUGAGCAUGAGGCUUUCAACAAAUGGCGGACGCCAAGAUUCACACGCCAAGACCAUUCUGUAGUAAUUCAGGUUUUAUUAGAGAGUGGGAAAAACAAAGACGUAAAAGGCCAUAGAAUGCCUAACCUUGUCUAUGUCUCUAGAGAGAAAAGCAGGAACUCACCACACCACUUUAAGGCUGGUGCCCUUAAUGCACUGCUUCGUGUAUCAGCAACGAUGACGAAUGCACCGGUGGUCCUAAACUUAGAUUGUGAUACUUACUCCAAUGAUCCCGAAACUCUUCUUCGGGUACUAUGCUAUCUUGCCGACCCUUCCAUUGGCCCAAAACUAGCCUACAUUCAGUUCCCUCAACGGUUCCAUUCGAUUGGGAAGAACGACAUCUAUGGUAACGACCACAGACGUUUGUAUCAAAUAGAUCCACCAGGGAUGGAUGGACUUGCAGGCACACGUUAUAUCGGCAGUGGAUGCUUUUUCCAGCGACGAUCCUUCUUUGGUGGGCCUUCAUCGUUCCCCUCAUCUGAUAUCCCCCUUGUAUUAAACUUAUCCCACCAUGACUUGGACAAGUCUAUCAGUUCCAAAACAGUUUUGGCUUCAGCCCAUCAUGUAGCAAGCUGCAACUAUGAGCAUGAGACCAAAUGGGGCAUUGAGAUGGGCUUCAGAUACGGAUCAUUAACAGAAGACUACAAGACUAGUUAUCUGCAGCAGUGUAAAGGAUGGAAUGCAGUGUUUUGCCAUCCUAAAAGAGCAGCAUUUCUGGGGGGCUCGCCUUUCACUCUAAAUGAUGUAUUAAGCCAGAACAUCAGGUGGUCCAUUGGAUUGUUGGAGGUGGCCAUCUCCAAGUACAGUCCAAUUACUUUUGGCACUCGAGCCAUGGGAUUGCUCAUGGGUCUUGCAUAUGCACACAAUGGAUUUGAAGCAACUUGGUGCCUUCCAAUAACCACGUAUGCCUAUAUCCCACAACUAGCUCUCCUCAAUGGAGUCUCCAUGUUCCCAAAGGUAUCAGACCCUUGGUUCUAUUUGUAUGCAUUCCUUUUCUUGGGAGCCUAUGUACAAGAUUGUCUAGAAUUCAUUUUAGCUGGGGGAACAACCCGAAAGUGGUGGAAUGAUCAAAGAAUGUGGAUGAUCAGGGGAAACUCAUCUUAUCUAUUUGGGUCUACCACCUAUUUACUAAAAUUGCUUGGGUUUCCUGCCUCUGGUUUCAAUGUGACUAGCAAAGUGGUUACAGGAGAACAAAUGAAGCGAUAUGAACAAAGUAUAUUCGAGUUCGGGGUCGCCUCAACUUUGUUUGUGCCACUCACAACAACUGCCAUUGUCAAUUUGAUUGCAUUUGUGGUGGGGCUUGCCGGAGUGUUUAGACAUGGAAACACAGGUGAAAUGUUUGUGCAGUUGUUUAUUUCAGGCUUUGUGAUGGUGAAUUGUUGGCCAAUAUAUGAGGCCAUAGCUUUGAGAAAGGAUGAUGGAAAGAUGCCUGCAAAGAUUACAAUGAUAUCAAUCUUACUUGCAUGGCUUCUCUACUUAGCCUCAUCAUUGGCACUCAAACUUUAAUAAGACAUUUCCCCAUUUCUCCUUUUCAUUGUAGGAAUUACAUACUUCUAUGGAAUCCCUUUAUGAAUUUAUCCU